AUGGUUUCUGCAAAGCAGCUCGGAUUGGCUGCAGCCAUUCUGUCUUUGUGUGGACUAAGUCAUGCGGAAAGUAACAUUACUUCCGAUACGUAUUUCUACGGCCAGUCGGAGCCGGUGUACCCUUCGCCAAAGGGCACGGGAUCCGGUGACUGGGCUCAAGCCUAUGAAAAGGCUGCAGCUAUGGUCUCCAAGAUGACUUUGGAAGAGAAGAACAAUCUUACAUACGGCGUGUCUACCACUGAAAAUGGAUGUUCCGGAAUCAUCCAGCCUCUCCCUCGUCUUGGAUUUACUGGAUUGUGUCUCCAGGAUGCAGGAAACGGUGUGCGCUACACGGACUUUGUGAACAGCUACCCCAGUGGUAUCCAUAUCGGCGCUAGUUGGAACAAGUCACUUGCCCACGACCGUGGUUGGUAUAUGGGUGGCGAAUUCAGGAAGAAGGGAGUUCAGGUGGCUCUGGGACCUGUUGUUGGGCCACUGGGAAGAACCACUACCGGCGGAAGAAACUGGGAAGGUCCUUCCAAUGAUCCCUACCUGGGUGGUGCAAUUGCGGCUGCCACUGUGCAAGGCAUUCAGGGCCAAGGUGUGAUUACAAGUGUUAAGCAUUUCAUUGCGAACGAGCAAGAAUUGUAUCGCAAUCCCACUGUUAACUCCGAGAACCAAACCGUUGAGUCACUCUCGAGCAACAUGGAUGAUAAGACGAUGCACGAAUUGUACCUUUGGCCUUUCCAAGAUGCACUUAAGGCUGGAACAGGAAACAUAAUGUGCUCGUACAAUCGAGUCAAUAAUUCUCAUGGCUGCCAGAACAGCAAAACACUGAAUGGAAUCUUGAAGACAGAGCUUGGCUUCAACGGCUUUGUUGUAACUGACUGGGAUGCGCAACACUCCGGGGUCGCUUCAGCUCUAGCUGGCCUUGAUAUGGCUAUGCCAAACGGCCUAUCCUUCUGGGGCAACAAAUUCACUGAAGCCAUCACCAACGGCAGUGUACCCGUGUCUCGUCUGGAUGAUAUGGCAACUCGAAUUAUCGCGGCUUGGUAUAAGAUGGGCCAAGACGAUUCGAGCUACCCUGAACCUGGUAUCGGCAUGCCCUACAACAUCAGCGAGCCUCAUAAGAUUGUGAAUGCCCUCGAUCGCGACGCGAAGCCAACGCUUUAUGAUGGCGCAGUGGAAGGUCACGUCCUAGUCAAGAACACGAAAAAUGCUUUGCCACUCCAGUCUCCAAAACUGAUCUCCGUAUUUGGAUAUGACGCGAAGGCCCCUGAUCAGUACAUGCCUGAUGGACAGAGCUUGAUCGGCAACCCCUGGGAGCUUGGCUAUGAGCCGGCUGUCUUCCAAUUUGGUGGCGCCUUUUCUUCCAAUAUCAUCAAUGAGCCAUAUGAUUUCCAGGUUGCGUUUAACGGCACGCUCAGCGUCGGAGGUGGUUCUGGUGCGAACACAGGACCAUACUUGAGUGCUCCCCUUGACGCUCUUCAGCAACGUGCCUACGAAGACAAUACCGUUGUGAUGUGGGACACUGCAAACACACCUGGCAUGAUGGGCUUGAUGGAAGCAUCGGAUGCUUGCCUGGUCUUCAUCAACGCUUUUGCUACUGAGGGCUUGGAUCGUGCUGGAACGUACGACGACUAUUCUGAUGCCCUGGUGAAUGAAGUAGCCAAGACCUGCGCCAACACGAUUGUCGUUAUCCACAACGCUGGUACUCGUCUCGUCGACCAGUUCGCAGACAAUGAGAAUGUGACCGCAAUCGUCUUCGCUCACCUUCCUGGCCAGGAUUCCGGCCGUGCUCUGGUGUCUCUGCUUUAUGGCGACGAGAACUUCAGCGGCAAGCUCCCCUACACUGUUGCCAAGAACGAAUCCGAUUACAGGACUUACUACCACGCUGGUGCAGUCACUCCCUACGGGCUUUUCCCUCAGUCAAACUUUGACGAGGGUGUGCUGACCGACUACCGCUACUUCGAUGCCCACGAUAUUAUGCCUCGCUACGAAUUUGGCUUCGGCCUCUCCUACACUACCUUCUCUUUCUCCGGUCUCAAGGUUUCAUCAGUGAAGCAUGGCAUUGAGGCAUAUCCUUGCGGUGUCAUCGAGCAAGGUGGCGCAAUAGAUCUGUGGGACACCGUUGCAACGGUCACCGCCAUCGUUCACAACACUGGACGCAAAGCCGGCGCUGAAGUAGCCCAGAUCUAUGUUGGAAUCCCCGGUGGUCCAAAGAAGCAGCUCCGUGGGUUUGAGAAGGUCAUGAUCCCAGCGGGCCAGUCAGCCAAGGUUUCUUUCCCGCUGACUCGCCGCGAUCUUAGCACUUGGGAUGUUGUUGCGCAGAAGUGGUUACUCCAGAGUGGGAGCUAUAACCUUUACGUUGGAUCUUCCAGUCGGGAUCUUCCUCUGACGACGAGGAUGAAGGUUGUCACUGACUCUAGCUCGUAA